AUGCGUGUUGGAGAAUUUGCAGGGAAGAAAGUCCAGGAAGCAAAGCCAUUGAUAGGGACCAAGCUGGUUGAGACAGGUGAGGCAAUCAUAUUCAGUGAACCUCAGAGGCAGGUCAUUUCAAGGUCUGGUGAUGAAUGCGUUGUGUAUCUUACUGAACAAUGCAUGCAUGCUGUUACUCACUUACUCGUAUUCGUCUUCGGCGAUGGGCUUGUUCGCGAUCUUUCGAGCUUGGGACUCCCGGUCGAUAGAGCUUCUCUUGGUCGAAUCAUUAUCUGA